CCAACCCCUCACCCCCCAACAGAGCAGAGAGCGUGAAAAAUCUCACUAAUGGGUUUAUUUGCUGUCAGAUCUGCGCCGAUCUGUCAUUCCCUGGGACCAUUCUGCUUGACACAUUUCAUAGUUGAGUAAGCCUCUUGGCUUUCUGGCUAGAGUUAACGGUGCCCCUGCAACGUUGUGCAGCCUGAGAGCUCAUCAAGAGGAGAGGCAGCAGCAGCAGGCAGACUGACAGUCUCUUGGACAGGGAGUUUCUGGAGCUGCAUUCCUCCAGUCCACUCUGCUCCCUGGUUGGGUCUUUGUGCUUGUGAGCCUGCAUCCAGCACGAGCUCCAUCCUCAGUCUCUGUCUAACCAGAGUAUUUUUGCAGGGAUCCUGGUGCUGAUUGAAAGAGUGUGAAGAUGUGGUGUGGGGCCGGGCCUCUGGCAGUUGUGGCAGCAGUGUUUUGGACUCAGUGUGUCCUUCUGGAAGGGGUGGAUGCCAAGAAGGAAAGGAAGAGGCAGAAGGAGGCCACUCCACAACACACAGAGACGUACAAUGUCACUCUCUCCAACAGUGAAGAGGUCGGUGGGAGUUUCAAGAUUUCUGACAACCAGAGAGUGGACCCACUGGGAUCAUGGAUGGACUUUGUCAAACGACCUGUUGGCAACUUCCCUGCAAAGUGUCGCAAACGGAAACGACCCCUGCCGGGCCCACCUGGUCCCCCAGGUCCUCCAGGUCCACAGGGACCUCCAGGCUCUCCUGGGGCAGAAGUCACCCAGGAAGUUCUUCUCCAGGAGUUCAAAGAAAUGAUAAAAGAGGCUACAGAGAGGAGAGCAACAGCACUGGACAGACAAACCAGCCCUAGCCAGCUACCCAUGGCUCUCCUCACCCUGGAGGGGAUGACCUCCUACAGGCGAAUAGAGGAGGCUUUCCACUGCAAGCUGAAGGGACCUGUGGUGGUCGACAAGAAGACUUUGGUGGAGCUCCAGAACUUUCAGACACCUCCAGCUAAAGGAGCCUUCCUCAGAGGGUCGGGAAUGGACCAAUCCACUGGGAGAUUCACAGCGCCCAUCACAGGGAUCUACCAGUUCUCUGCCAAUGUCCACAUUGACCACAACGAUGUGAAGAGGAGCAAGAGUCAGCUCAAGGCCAGGGACAAUGUUCGGGUACUGAUCUGCAUUGAGUCUCUCUGCCACAGAUACACGUCGCUGGAGAUGAUUGUUGGAUUGGAAAGUAACAGCAAAAUAUUCACUGUCAGUGUACAAGGGCUGCUGGAGCUACAGGCUGGACAGUACACAUCCAUAUUUGUGGAUAAUGCAGCCGGAGCAUCCAUUACAAUACAGAACGGUUCUGAUUUUAUGGGCAUGCUGCUUGGUGUAUAGCCUCACACCCCGCCCUAUGUGCUAUUUCUUCAAUGGACUACUUAUGAGCACUAUCAUACAGUAAACAUUCAUGGCGGAGAUUUGAAGGAGUCUAGCUUCAGAGAAAGUAAGGCUGCCACUGGACUUAACUGCUUGGCAAACGGUGAAAGGACGGAGUGAAAAACUCGAGGACUCAGUUUGUCUUUCACAGUGCACUGCCACUUCCCCAGGGAACUUUGUUGCUUGCUGUCACACCAACAGAAUAACCUGAGCAAUAAAACGGUGAAUGUGUCUGUUACUUUGUCAUAAUUGUUGAGAAGCUCGUUACAGUAAUCUUAACGGUACACCAAAUGUCAGCGUUGUACGUUCUGUUCUCUGAAUAGAUGUUGGAAAAGCCGGUGAACACGAAAUAGUAAAAAUGUGUUCUGUCUAUACUGAUAUGUUGAUGUAUUUCGUCUACAGUGUGUACAACACUUUUGAAACAUAGCUAUUUUUCUUAUGAAUUAAGUCACAUUUAUAUGCAUUAUGUAUGAUACAUAGACUCUGUGAGUACACUGGACAAUAGAAAUAUGCUCAGUAGACAUAAUAUGGUCCUAUGAGAUCUUGGAAAAGUGACGUCCCAUAUAUGUAAUUACACCUUUUGUAACAUAGCUAUUGCUGUAUUAUUACAGUUUUUUUCAAGUGUCAGAGAAAUCCAGAUAAGCUCUGUGACUGUAAGGGAGCUGAGAAGGAUUUUUUAUGCUAAGUAUUUUUUUUUUUUUUUACAAUGCCAUUUGCGUUAUCAUUUAUUAUGUGUAUUUUUGCUGUAUUUUUAUUACUCUUCCUGGCAUAUAGUUUUGUCUGUAAUUUAUGAUAACUGAUACUCCAGUAACAUUGGAAAGUCAUUAAAAAGCAUUGAAAUUUGAUAUGGUAUUUAUGUUUGAAAUGUAUCCACAUGUUUUGUGGAAAAUGUAUCCAUCCUGAUUUGAUUUUGAUUCACAUGGACUCUUGAGACAAUGGAUUGGAUUGCAAGAAUAACACGGUAUCUUUUUACUAUUUUCUAUUAAUGCCCAUGAUAUGCUAUAAUUUGAAAUUAAACUAUUCAAAAAACA